UUAUUAUUUAAAAAGUAACUACAAGGACAUUUAUUAAUAUGAAGUAAUAGAAGCCAUCUGUAUUUGAUUUUAAUCGUAAUUCACAAAGGGCUUGCUAAAUCAGUGAAGGUUAAGAGAGCAUUCUAAUGUAGUAAAGAUGUCAGAAUCUGGAAGUGAAACAAAAAGUCCAGACACAAAAAGUGUUGCAAGUAAGACAUCUAUAAAUGUCAAGAUUCCAUCAGCUGCAAGUAAAAGAGGUGGCACUCCAACAAAGAGCCCUGGACUGGAAUUGCCAGAUGAGAUUGGAAGCAGAGCUUUAACCACCACCCCUGUUAGCUCAAAAGAUUAUCUUGCUGGGACUAGGCCAAAUAUAAAUCAGAAUACCAGCAAAGGUCUACGUCAGCCUCAGAAAUCGGAAAGAGAACUAAUUAGACAAGCAGCUGCUACAAUCAUUGAGAGGCAGUGGAUUGCAUUUAGAGAUAAACAGAUGUUCCGAUUGUUAAAGCAUGCAGUUUGUGCCGCUGAGAAUUCUCUGUCAAAAGAGAUAUUAAGAAAAGUAUGCCCAAAAGAAGCGGAGCUCCUCAAUGACAAAGUCAAUCAAGUCAGAGUUAGAUUUAGAUUUGGUGGACAAGAAUUCCCUCCCAUGAUUUUCUUCAAAAUAUUUAUCCACACAGAAGGCAAAGGUGUAAAGUACCUCAGUGGGAGACGAGUAAUUAAACCAGCGACAGAGGCAUCAGAAGAUUCUUUGAGAAACAUGGGGAACAGGAAAUUCUACGAUCAGAUGUUACAGGAUGCGAUGUAUAACCAGCAGUACAAAAUCACGGACGAAAUAGAUGUCACUACGUUAAAAGAUUACAUGCAGUACCUGGCCAAUGUAGAUGAGGCCCCCGCUACACUGGGAGGGAAAGAAAAUUACUGGAGAAAACUCACAUUAGAUGUUUUGUCUAGAAGAACCAUCUUUUAUGAUGUGAUUGACUACUUGUACAAUCAGAGAAUCACUCCCAGGUUGAGGCAGGAAAUCCCUGUCCUGGUACAGAGACCAGUAUCACAGGAGAUCAAAGUUCAACACAUCAGGGCCAUAUCCACACUCAGAUCAGAAUCUAUACCUGUGGGAGCCCCUUUAACCACACCCAAAUCCAAAAUGUCUGGGUAUGUUAGUCACCCCGUCUCUAGUCGCCGUUCUAGACAGGCCAAGGCACGAGCCUCCAAACUCCGAAAGAUGUAUGGUCUUGACAGAAGCACAUAUGAUUCUAGCUCGGAGGGGAGCAAACUCCUGGAUUCCCGAGAGCCAACGGCCGUGUCUGAGGAACCUGAUGAUUACUUUGAUAAAUAUGGCAUCACGGGAGAGGAAGGGGAGGAUCCAGAGGAGUGGGAGAGAGAAGCCAGCAAGCUGUAUGAGUGGACACAGGAACUGUCAUUCAAUGAUGACCUCAUAGCCACACCCAGACUCCCUUUACAAACAUGAUUCAUUGGACAGGUUAAAGGUUACACAGAUAUUGUUGUAAGAGGUGAAGCGCUGUUGGAGCACUGGAGACUUAAUGUAAAGAUUGUAUUCAGUGGUACACUCAUGCUUUCAGUGAUUGUGCAUUUACUACAUGUAUUUGUUAUUGGAAAUCCUUAUUGAAGUUUUGUAUACACUAAGUUGUUUUAUAUAUGUAUUUAUGAAAUAUAUUUCCAGUAAUGAAUUUUUAUUAUAAACUUGUUUUGACAUAUUAAAAUUACUAAAAAGAUUU